CUUUGAAAUAUUGUGAAUCCCAGGGUGUUCGAAGAAAGACAGCCCCAAGAUCGUGCAAUGCAGACUGCAGUACAGACUCGUAAUCUCCGGGAAAACCAGCUAGGAGGAGUGAUCUUUGGUUGCAAGCAUGAAACAAUUGAAGAGUGCUUCAGUAAACAGCUAUUUGGUCUGCCUGCGUUGCAUUAUUCAUAUGUGAGGAAUGUGAAAGCUGGCCUACCUUUGUUUCUAUUCAAUUACACUGACAGAAAGCUGCAUGGUGUUUUUGAGGCUGCUAGUCCUGGCCAGAACUCUAUCGAUCCAUAUGCUUGGAGUAAUGAUGGCACUUUACGGACACCUUUUCCUGCACAGGUUCGUAUUUGCACAAGGACUCGCUAUUCGCCACUGCUUGAGGCCCAGUACAAAAAAGUGAUUCAAGAUAACUAUUAUACCCAUCACUACUUCUAUUUUGAGCUGGAUCAUGCACAAACUAGAGCUUUAAUUGCUUUGUUCAAGUCAGUUGGUGUCAAGCAAGUCCAAGCUGUUCCAAGCAAAAGAAGUCUAGAUGUACCUUUACAAUCAACAAGAAGGAUGACAUCAGUUAUUGCUAACCAAGAGAAAGGCACAGCCAAUUCAAAGGACAUCAAUUCAUUUCGCGUUCUGUCAAGUUCUUUACCAUCAACUAAAAGGAUGGCAUCAGUUACUCCUAACCAGAAGAAAGGCACAGCCAAAUCAAAGGACAUCAAUCCAUUUAGUGUUCUGUCAAGUUCAGCUGGAACUGUUCUAGAUGAUUGGGUUGAUUCUGACGCGGACAGUGGUAGUGGUAGUGCUAGUGCAACAUCAGAUAGCAACACUGGUGAGAAGGCAUCUGGAGAGCUAGUUUCUGACUGGGAGGAUUUGGAUGACAAUGUUCUUCAGCAGCAGUUUGGUCUUAGUUCAGAUCCAGAUGAUGUCAGUCAACAUUCCUCAUACAAAACUGUUGCUGAAGGUAUGGAGCUUAUGAAGUGCAGUCAACUGGUUGUCAAUUCUGUGAAUGGAGGAACUCACACUUCUGAUGAAGACAUGCUUGUGAACUCGCACGAUGGAAUAGGCAAUGAGGUUCAGAAUGAACCAGAUGAUGUUGCCGUACAGCUUGAAAGAUCUUCUAUCCUGAAAAAACUGAAGGAGUUGUUUGACUUACGACAGCAGGCAGCACUAUCUUCUCAGGAUUUUGCUUAUUCUAGUCCAGAUGCACAUGUACCUCAAGAAACACUGGUUAAUGCAAACCUUUCUGGUCAGGGUGAACAUGUACCUGAAGAAGCACAGGUUACUGCGAACCUUUCUGGUCAGGGUGAAUAUGUACCUGAAGAAGCACAGAUCAAUGCAAACUUUUCUAGUCAAGAUGAGCAUGUACCUGUAGAAACAUGUGUGAAUGCAAGUCUUCCUAAUCAAGGUGAAUAUGUUGCUGAAGAAACACAAGUCAAUACAAACCUUCCUCGUCAAGAAGAAUAUGUACCUGAAGAAACACAUGUCAAGGGAAGCCUUAGCAAAGACCAAUAUGUUGAUGAAGAAACACAGGUCAAUGUAGGCCUUCCUAGACAAGAUCAUUGUGUACCUGAAGAAGCACAAACCAUUGCAAGCCUUGCUCCAGGUCAUUGCAUAACUGAAGAAACACAGGCCAAUCCUAGCCUUUCGAGCAACCCAGUUUGUGCUACCGUGGAAGAUAAUACAUCUUUUGAGCAACAUGAUGGAAAGGCUGAGCUUCUACGAAUCAUCACUGUCUUAGCCAAGAAGGCUGCUGCACUGGAGAAGAAUCAGAUGAAAUCAGAUGAAGAAAUAAUUUCACUGAAGGAAGUAGUUAAAGACUCCGGAAGAAAAGUUCAGCAACUGGAAUAUCGUAUCGAUGAGUUACAAUUCAAAUUUGACUCCUCGUUGUCUCUUCAAGGAAGCAUGUGCGAUAGCCUGGACAUACCAUCAAUAUUUCUGAUCGGUGGUUAUAAUGGUGUGACCUGGCUAUCAUCUCUUGAUUCUUUUUCUCCAAAAAAAGACAUCUUGGUGCCUCUCACAUCAAUGGGUUCUCCGCGUUCAUAUGCAUCUGUUGCUGCAAUGGAAGGCUGUGUAUUUGUUUUUGGUGGUGGGGAUGGUAGUUCGUGGUAUAACACAGUGGAAUGCUAUAAUACAAGGAGUAACGAGUGGAUGAUAUGCCCCUGUUUGAACCAUGAGAAAGGAUCUCUUGCUGGAGUAAGUCUUAAUGGCAAAAUUUAUGCAAUGGGUGGAGGAGAUGGAACUCAAACUUAUUCAGAAGUUGAGAUGUUUGAUCCUUUUCUUGGGAAGUGGAUAUGCAGUCCGUCCAUGCUGCACUCUCGAUUUGCUCUAGGGGCGGCAGAAUCAAGUGGUGUCAUCUAUGCAUCUGGCGGAUUUGAUGGUAGCCAGUACUUACAGUCAGCAGAAAGGUAUGAUCCAAGGGAAGGUUUCUGGGUUCGGCUUCCAAGCAUGAAUGCAAGGAGAGGAUGCCAUGCUGUAGCUGUCUUGGGAGAAGUCCUAUAUGCUAUCGGAGGUUAUGAUGGAGACAGUAUGGUUUCCAGUGUUGAGAUCUUUGAUCCUCGCCUCAACGCCUGGAAGAUGGGCGAUCCCAUGAGCAACCCAAGAGGAUACGCCUCGGCAGUUACUUUUGAUGAUAACUUGUUUGUCCUCGGCGGUCUGCGGUCUAACGAAGCAAUACUGGACACUGUGGAGGUCUACAAUGUGAGCUCUGGCUGGUCAGUUCCAGGUUUCAGUUCAAUUGGGAAGAGAUCCUUUGCGUCAGCCAUUGUCAUGUGAUCAGGAGUACAGUGCUCAUCUCAGUCGCUUAACAUUUUACUGGUAUGCGAGGAACAGUAACCCAGUGUUCUCCGGGAAGCAGUUUUAGGGCUCAUCGUCUCACCCCUUCUUUUUUGCGCUUCGAUUGUGUACAGCCAACAACUCUGCAUGGUCCAGGGUUUUAGCAAAACUAGUUUAGUUGCGCACCUUUAACCAUGCAUUUCAAGGAAUGCACUAACAGCUGAAAUGGUCAAAUCUUAACCCUCCUUUUUGUACCUGAAAUUGCGCAUUUUAUGGAAUGCAAUACUGUUAGAAUGUUCUGGAUGCGAAUUUGAUUCUGCC